GGACGGGAUGGAAGAGAAGGGGACGGGCGCGACAGAGCUCGGUCAGCCGGUUGUCGCCCGUGAGCCCAGCAGGAUUGGAUCAAGCGCCAUCUUCCUGUUAUUUAUAGCGGGAGCAGCGGGCCGGGAGCUCGGCUGAGACAACAGCGGGGCAGGCGCUGGGCUGCCCUGCACAGCCCUCGCCUCCCGCUGCGCUCUGCCCUGCGCUCAGCCUGCCCAGAUACAGCUGCGCCUCCUGACUGCCCGCUCCUGAGAUGGGACAGAAAAAAAGUAAACCGCAGCCUGGGGACCUGAUCGAGAUCUUCCGGCCGUUUCAUCGGCACUGGGCCCUCUACAUGGGCGAUGGAUAUGUCAUCCACUUGACACCUGUAGGUAAACCGAAGAUAAAACUGGGAAUCCACGAGGUGACAGUAUUCACCAGAAUGGUGAAGAUGCAGCACCUGAAGAAGGUGGUGCGACUUAAUAAGUGGCGUGUCAACAACAAAUAUGAUGAGUCCAACAAUCCUCUCCCAGGGGAGGAGAUCAUCUCGCGUGCUGCAGCAUACAUGGGCAAGAAGGUGAAAUAUCGUUCAUUUGGUAGGAACUGUGAGCACUUUGUGACCAAGCUCCGGUAUGGAGAGGCAGUGUCUGAGCAGCACAGGGCAUUUGUAGGCGGUAAAUUGCACAUUCUUGAUAAGAGAAAUGAUGAGGAAUACCCAAAGCCUGGGGACCUGAUUGAGAUCAAACGGGGACAUUAUGAUCACUGGGCCCUCUACGUGGGGGAUGGAUAUGUCAUCCAUGUGACACCUAUAGAUGAAGGAGUGUCACCCCUAUCAGCUGGCAGUGAGACAAUACUCAACAUAAAAGUUACAAAGGAGCUUCUGAAGGAGGUGAUUGGAAAUGAUGCCUGGGCUGUCAACAACAAGUAUGACCAGUACUGCACUCCUCUGCAUGUGGAGGAGAUCAUCCAGAGUGCUGAGGGCUGCAUUGGCAAGGAGAUGGUAUAUGAUGUGUUUGACUUCAAAGCUGAUGAUUUUGUGACAAAACUCCGCUAUGGUGACCAGGUGAGGGCUUUUGAAGGUGGCGAAUCACACAUUCUUGAUAUGAGAGAUGAUGAGGAAUACCCAAAGCCUGGGGACCUGAUUGAGAUCAAACGGGGACAUUAUGAUCACUGGGCCCUCUACGUGGGGGAUGGAUAUGUCAUCCAUGUGACACCUAUAGAUGAAGGAGCCCCAUCUCUGUCAGGCGGCAGUGACACAGGACUCAUGAGAAAGGCCAAGGUGAAGAAGGAGCUCCUGAAGGAGGUCGCUGGAAACGAUACCUGGGCUGUCAACAACAAGUACGACUGCCACUGUACUCCUGUGCCCGUGAAGGAGAUCAUCCAGUGUGCUGAGGGUUGCAUUGGCGAGGAGAUGGUAGACGAUGUGUUUGACUUCAAAUCUGAUGAUUUUGUGACAAAACUCCGCUAUGGUGACCAGUGGAGGGCUUUUGUAGGUGGUGAAAUGCACAUUCUUGAUAUGAGAGAUGAUGAGGAAUACCCAAAGCCUGGGGACCUGAUUGAGAUCAAACAAGGACAUUAUGAUCACUGGGCCCUCUACGUGGGGGAUGGAUAUGUCAUCCAUGUGACACCUGUAGAUGAAGGAGCCCCAUCUCUGUCAGGCAGCAGUGACACAAGACACAUGAGAAAGGCCAAGGUGAAGAAGGAGUUCCUGAGGGAGGUGGCCAGAACGAGGAAAUGGUGUGUCAUCAACGCGUAUUACUGUCACCUCCCUCCUCUGCCUGUGGAUGAGAUCAUCUGGCAUGCUGAGGGUUGCGUUGGCAUGGAGUUGACAUAUGAUGUGUCUAAAUUCAAAUCUGUCGAUUUUCUGAGCAAACUUCGACAUGUUGGUCUGUUUAGAGCUUUUGAAGGUGGUGAAAUUCACUGUCGUGAUCCGAUAAAUCGCAAGUACCUCCCCAUCCCUGGGGACCUGAUUGAGAUCAGUUCGGAACAUUAUGAUCACUGGGCCAUCUACGUGGGGUGUGGAUAUGUCAUCCAUGUGACAGAUUUAGAUGAAAGAGCCCCAUCUCUGUCAGGCGGCAGUGACACAAGACACAUGAGAAGGGCCAAGGUGAAGAAGGAGCUCCUGAGGGAGGUGGCCAGAAAGAAGAAAUGGCGUGUCAGCAAUGAGUAUGACUGUCACCUCCCUCCUCUGCCUGUGGAUGAGAUCAUCUGGCAUGCUGAGGGUUGCGUUGGCAAGGAGUUGACAUAUGAUGUGUCUAAAUUCAAAUCUGUCGAUUUUCUGAGCAAACUUCGACAUGUUGGUCUGUUUAGAGCUUUUGAAGGUUGUGAAAUUCACCAUCGUGAUCUGAUAAAUCGCAAGUACCUCCCCAUCCCUGGGGACCUGAUUGAGAUCAAACGGGGAUACUUUGAUCACUGGGCCAUCUACGUGGGGCGUGGAUAUGUCAUCCAUGUGACAGAUCAAGGAAUCCUAUUCAGUUCAGAUGGCAUCACAUCAACAUUUACCGCCAGGGCCACGGUGAAGAAGGAGCUCCUGACUGAGGUGGCCGGCAAUGAUAAUUGGCGUGUCAACAACAAGUAUGAUCGCCGCCAUGUGCCUUUCUCAGUGGAGGAGAUCAUCCAGUGUGUUGAGAGCUGGCACUCUGCUCUGUCUGCACCCUGACAGUGCCCUCUCACUGAGUGCCACCUCCUAGGGGUGCAAACCUGGGCGUUACCCCUCUGCUUAUGGAGCAUGUACCUUUUGUAGAUUUAAUUAUGCUGAUUGUCUCUGCCUGUUUUCAGUUAUCAUUUCUGGGGCUAAAUAUAAGUACUUAUCAUAUUUCUAACCUGUGUUUUACUUUCCCUUUACAGGCCAUGACAGCACUUGAAAAGAUCCGUUCCAUUCUUGCUGGGGUAGGAACUUCCAGUGUCUCUGUUCUCAUCAUUUUUACUUUUCCGGCCACUCUUACUCUUGUAGCUGCUGAUGGUGUUACUCUUCUUUCUGCUAUCCUCAAGAGGAAUUUAUCAGAUACCUUCAUUUUUGACAAAUUCAUAAAGGCAAAGAUUUAUAUACUACAAGAUAGGUGCUGUUAGAAAGAGCUCAAGGAAGGCAUGGAGUCCCUGGUCACUGUCCGGCUUUUGCCAGAAGUAUAAUGAAGACUACUAGCCACUGCUCUGAUAAUUAAUUUAUAGGCUUGUAAAAAUGUAAAUAUCCAAACUCA